AUGAGGAGCUGCCAGCGAGUCUGUUUCUUUUGCUUCGAAUGGAGUAUGCUUGCCCUAGGACCAUGCCUAAUCACCACGGUGCUGCUACUUGUGACCUGGGAAAUAUAUUGGGUCCUGACCGCACUCGUCCCACGCAUCAGCCCGCUAGGGACGACGAGGUGGUGGGCGCACGUCACCUGGAUUUAUUUCCUAUCAUUUAAUGGACUCUUCAACUAUUUCUCCUGCGUGCUCACCGACCCUGGCACUCACUUAUCCCCAUUAUACCGUGCGCUAGUCCUUGUGGCAGAUGUGGACGGUGCGCUUGCCCCUUCGGACGUGGCUACAGGCCUUACGAGGGAGUCAUUGUCACAUACCAGAGCUUUGACCGCAUCGUGGCUUGAGCGCGGUCCUUAUGAGUGGGGUUAUUGCAAGCAGUCGCGGGGGCCAAAAGCCCCGCGGUCUCAUUAUGACCACGUAACCCGCAAGCUUGUUCUCAAUAUGGACCACUAUUGCCCUUGGAUGUUCAAUUGCGUCGGUUUUGCAAAUUAUAGGUAUUUUGUGCUCUUUUUGUUUUAUGUUACGGUAGCAUGUGGUUAUGGUGCUGCGCUUACCUUCCCCGACUUCUCAACAGUCGCUGGGCUGCGGAGUUUUGCUGCGUUUCGUGGUCCACGCCCCACAAGUCGCGCCCAUACUGCGGUCAUGUUUACCUUUGUUCUUUCCAUCUCGGUUGGAAUCGCGGUCAUGCUCCUUUUUAGCUGGCAUCUCUAUCUUGUUCUAACGGCUCAGACAACUAUUGAGUUCUAUGGAAAUUGCACAUUGCGCCGUCGCGCGCGUGUGCGAGGCCAUGACUUUCGUAACCCUUAUCAUCGCAGCUACUCCACGAAUUGGCAACAUUUAUUUGGCACCAUGCGCCCUAUAAUCGCACUCCUGCCGAGCUCUCGUCCACCUCCAGGGAGGCCGUGGCCUUGCUUCCAGCUGCGGCCUUGCAUGGUGAAAUCUGAAAUCGAGGUCUGAACCUCAUGAGGUUAUUGUUCAGAUAUCAUCCACCUGAUAGAAGAACUCGGGAGCAUCAUUAUCCCGUGACCUUACUUUCUUAAAAUGGCGGCGUGGCUGCCAAUGAUCAGGAUGCCCCUUUCGGACCCUUCCUUGUUCACAUACGGCGGAUGCUCAAGCGGCAGGCACGGUCGUCUGACGCAGGGAACUUCCAGACGGCAAAACUUACCUUUAGGCGGUCCAGAUGGCCCUGGCUGGGUACUA